GGCUCUAGACGCUGUGAAGCAGGAGGCACUUGGGAUCGUACGCAGGAUUGGGACUGCUACAGAGGCCGCCACGGAGCCCGCCGGAGCCACCGUUCCUUCUGCUGCUGCCGCCGCUGCCCGAAUCGGAACCGUCGGGCCGCAGCCGCCGGCAAUGCCGCGAAGGAAGAGGAAUGCAGGCAGUAGUUCAGAUGGAACCGAAGAUUCCGAUUUUUCUACAGAUCUCGAGCACACAGACAGUUCAGAGAGUGAUGGCACAUCCCGGCGAUCUGCCCGAGUCACCCGCUCCUCAGCCCGACUAAGCCAGAGUUCCCAAGAUUCCAGUCCUGUUCGAAAUUUGCAGUCUUUUGGCACUGAGGAGCCUGCUUAUUCUACCAGGAGAGUGACCCGUAGUCAGCAGCAGCCUACCCCAGUGACUCCGAAAAAAUACCCUCUUCGGCAGACUCGUUCAUCUGGCUCAGAAACUGAGCAAGUGGUUGACUUUUCAGAUAGAGAAACUAAAAAUACAGCUGAUCAUGAUGAGUCUCCACCUCGAACGCCAACUGGAAACGCCCCUUCCUCUGAGUCUGAUAUAGACAUCUCCAGCCCCAACGUUUCUCACGAUGAGAGCAUUGCCAAAGACAUGUCCUUGAAGGACUCAGGCAGUGAUCUCUCUCAUCGCCCCAAGCGCCGCCGCUUCCAUGAAAGCUACAAUUUCAAUAUGAAGUGUCCUACACCAGGCUGUAACUCCCUAGGACACCUUACAGGAAAACACGAGAGACAUUUCUCUAUAUCAGGAUGCCCCCUCUAUCAUAACCUCUCAGCUGAUGAAUGCAAGGUGAGAGCACAGAGCCGGGAUAAGCAGAUAGAAGAAAGGAUGCUGUCCCACAGGCAAGAUGACAACAACAGGCAUGCAACCAGGCACCAGGCACCAACAGAGAGGCAGUUGCGGUAUAAGGAAAAGGUUGCUGAACUCAGGAAGAAAAGAAAUUCUGGGCUGAGCAAAGAACAGAAAGAGAAAUAUAUGGAACACAGGCAGACCUAUGGGAACACUCGGGAACCUCUUUUGGAAAACCUGACUAGCGAGUAUGACUUGGAUCUUUUCCGAAGAGCACAAGCCCGGGCUUCAGAGGAUCUGGAGAAGUUAAGGCUGCAAGGCCAAAUCACAGAGGGGAGCAACAUGAUUAAAACAAUUGCUUUUGGUCGCUAUGAGCUUGAUACGUGGUACCACUCUCCCUAUCCUGAGGAAUAUGCAAGACUGGGACGUCUUUACAUGUGUGAAUUCUGUUUAAAAUACAUGAAGAGCCAAACAAUACUCCGUCGACACAUGGCUAAGUGUGUGUGGAAACACCCACCCGGAGAUGAGAUAUAUCGCAAAGGUUCAAUCUCUGUGUUUGAAGUGGAUGGCAAGAAAAACAAGAUCUACUGCCAAAACCUGUGCCUGUUGGCCAAGCUUUUUCUGGACCACAAGACAUUAUAUUAUGAUGUGGAACCCUUCCUGUUCUAUGUUAUGACAGAAGCAGACAAUACUGGUUGUCACCUGAUUGGAUAUUUUUCCAAGGAAAAGAAUUCAUUCCUCAACUACAAUGUAUCCUGUAUCCUUACCAUGCCUCAGUACAUGAGACAGGGCUAUGGCAAGAUGCUCAUUGAUUUCAGUUAUUUGCUUUCCAAAGUGGAAGAAAAAGUUGGCUCUCCAGAGCGUCCACUCUCAGAUCUGGGGCUCAUAAGCUACCGCAGUUACUGGAAAGAAGUGCUUCUUCGUUACCUGCAUAAUUUCCAAGGCAAAGAGAUUUCUAUCAAAGAAAUUAGCCAGGAGACAGCUGUGAAUCCUGUGGACAUUGUCAGCACUCUGCAAGCCCUUCAGAUGCUCAAAUAUUGGAAAGGAAAACACCUAGUUUUGAAGAGACAGGACCUGAUUGAUGAGUGGAUAGCCAAAGAGGCCAAAAGAUCCAACUCCAAUAAAACCAUGGAUCCAAGCUGUUUAAAAUGGACCCCUCCCAAGGGCACUUAAAGUGACCGGUUACUCCGAGCCAGCGAACCCCAGCAGUAGGAAUCCGUACCCUAGGGAUCUGUCUGUCAUUUCUGUUGCUCUUGUGAUUGGCAAGUACAGUAUCCUUUGGGAAGGCCAUCCCCCUCAGGACUGUCCUGGCUCCGACCUUCUUGUACACUGCAGACGCUGGUUCUGAGGAACUGUUGUUUCGGCCUCAGUGAGGUUGCCUGGAUGGGAUCUGUAUUAGACUUGAGUGCAGAUCCCUCGUAGCACUGACCCAAGGUGUUCUGUUUUGGUACUGUACCUGUCCAGUCACUGGUUCUCUCCUCUGGCCCCAUGAGGUUGUGUCGUGUCUUCUAAACUUUGUAAUAGUGCUUCUUCUUGCCGCCCAGUCACGAGACCACCAACUACGGUUACUGCCACCAGGAUAUUCCCAGUUACUCCUUACCUGUGUUCUUGGAGGGGCAGGGAAGAGGUAAUACUUCUGAGUGUGUGUGUGUGCUGGGAGGGGUCCCUUCCCUUUGGAUUUCAUCUCACUUAAAGUUUUUUCCUCCAUUUUUACUAAAAGACCUGUUUUUGAUCAUCAGGCUGACCAGAGCCAAAUACUUUUGAAGACUUGCAGGGAUUAAUUAGUCUUGGUUACAGCACAUUAUCUGAAUGAGAUGGAGAAAAGAAUUGAGAAGUGGUGAUUCUGUAUUUGGAUUUGAGUUCACCUGUGGGCAGUGGGCAACGUCUUGGUGGAAGGGAAUGGAAUACUACUUUUUGCCUCACCAGAAAGUGCCCAGUAGUAAAUGUUUUCUUCUCUUUACUCCCUGCCCGUCUUUACGUUUGCAGGUGCCAAAAUAAUUUCCAGUUCUCCCUUUCAUGCUGCAUGUUAACUGGUUAAUUAUACUGCAGAAACCUUUUCACCAGUACCAGUCUGAUAUAGCAUACCUAUACUUCAACAUAAGUUACACUGCUUUUGUCUGAACAUCCUUGGAGAAGUGAUUGAAAAUGACUUCCGUGUCUCAGCCCAUGACUCAGCAAGGCAGAAUGGCCACCCCUGCCAAGGUUUGCUUCCCUUUUCAACAGUGCCUCACCCUCCCUCUAAGACUAAAGUGCUUAUGCCCUUCCAAGAACAACUCCUCCAUUUCCUUUUUGGGAUUUACCACCGUCCCCCCAUUCUCUGGUCUCCUAUUUAUGGUGUUGUUUAAGUGAAGGAAGAGAUGCUCCCUCUAAUUUCUCUCUAGCCCAUUAUAACCUGCUAUCUUGGGGCAGCUUUUGAUGUAUGACAUGUCACCCUUUCCAACUUGGUCUCUACAACACCGCUGUCUUCAUGUGGAACCCUCACCACAAUCCCAACUCUGAUCAUUUGUGCCUUUCUCUUGUCAUCUUUGUACACUACUUAUAUUCACUGUGGGUUGGGGGGAGCUAAUUUUAAGCAUGUUCAGUGGCAGCUCCCUGCCGGUUUCAGUGUCACUGUUAAAAUUUAUCCAAAAGCAACUUCACUGGGGGUUUUCUUAAGGGGUAAAGGCCUUUUACAGAAGCUAAUCCUUCCCCACAUGUGGUAGAAUGUGCUGUUCUAUAUCUGCUCCUCAAUAAAGCAUGUUCUCUGCUCAA